CUGCGAAUCCGGCUCACCGGUUUACGACACUCACGCGUCGCUUUACGGCAGUAGUGCAGCUGGAGAUUCAGUUAGUCAGCACGAGCUACAUUCACAUUGUAAGGUGUGCUUAGUUUAAAAAAAAAAGGAAACUUGUACUUUAUUAAUUGACUGGACUCAAAAAAUGGAUGUCGGCGAACUUUUGAACUACCAGCCGGACCGAGGCGCCAAGAGGCCUCGUGAGGAGGAGAGUGAUCAAGACCCUCGAGGCAGGCAGAAGCCCCAGACAGGUCGAGACUCUGGAAGACACCCAGAGGGGGAAGACACAGACAACGAUAAGGGCUUGGAGAAGAAAAAGGUCUUGGAGAAACUUAUGGACAGUGAUGAAGAACAAGAGCAGGGCGAACCUCUGGACGAGAGCUCUGUGAAGAAAAUGAUCCUGACCUUUGAGAAAAGGUCUUACAAAAACCAGGAGCUGAGGAUCAAGUUUCCUGACAAUCCAGAGAAGUUCAUGGACAGUGAGCUGGAUCUCAAUGACAUCAUUCAGGAGAUGCAUGUCAUUGCCACCAUGCCUGAUCUCUACCACUUACUUGUGGAGCUGAAUGCUGUCCAGUCAUUACUGGGUUUGCUUAGUCACGAGAAUACAGAUGUUGCCAUUGCAGUGGUGGACCUUUUACAGGAGCUUACUGACAUUGACACACUUCAUGAGAGUGAGGAGGGUGCUGAGGUGCUCAUAGAUGCUCUGCUGGAGGGACAAGUGGUGGCCCUGCUGGUGCAGAACAUGGAGCGUCUGGAUGAACAGGUGAAGGAGGAGGCGGAUGGAGUGUACAACACACUGGCCAUCAUUGAGAACAUGGCGGAGUUCCGGCCGGGCCUUUGCACGGAGGCAGCACAGCAGGGCCUCAUGCAGUGGCUUCUGAAGAGGAUCAAGGCAAAAAUGCCUUUUGAUGCAAACAAGCUGUAUUGCAGUGAAAUCCUGGCCAUCUUGCUUCAAAACAACGACAACACCAGGGAGCUCUUGGGGGAACUGGAUGGAAUUGAUGUGCUACUGCAGCAGCUCUCGGUGUUUAAGCGGCACAACCCAGCCACGGCAGAGGAGCAGGAGAUGAUGGAGAACCUUUUUGACUCACUGUGUUCCUGUCUGAUGCUGGCAGCCAACCGAGACCGUUUCCUCAAGGGGGAGGGGCUUCAACUCAUGAACCUCAUGCUGAGAGAGAAGAAGAUGUCCCGCACCAGUGCACUGAAGGUGUUGGACCACAGCAUGAUUGGCCCUGAGGGCUCUGACAACUGCCACAAGUUUGUGGACAUCUUGGGCCUGAGGACCAUCUUCCCCCUGUUCAUGAAGACGCCGAAGAAGAUGAAGAAAGCCGGUGUGUCGGAAAAGGAGCAUGAGGAGCAUGUGUGCUCCAUUAUCGCUUCCAUGCUGAGGAACCUCAAAGCCCAGCAGCGAUCCCGACUCCUCAGCAAAUUCACGGAAAACGACUGUGAGAAGGUCGACAGGCUGAUGGAGCUGCAUUUUAAGUACCUGGAAGCUGUGCAAUCGGCCGACAAGAGGAUCGAAGGAGAGAAGCACGACAUGGUGCGGCGUGGAGAGAUAAUCGAUGACGCCAUAGAAGAUGAGUUCUACCUCCGCCGCCUAGAUGCCGGGCUCUUCGUCCUCCAGCUGGUUUGCUGCAUCAUGGUGGAGAUCAGCAAUGCUGGCAUUCCCCAGCUGCAGCAGAGGGUGCAUCAGAUCUUGAACCUGAGGGGGGGUUCUGUCAAAGUGGUGCGCCACAUCAUGAGAGAAUCAACAGUGUUGUUUCCUGAGGGAGACAUUCUAAACAAAAAGCAUCACUCUGCUUUGCAGAUGAUGGUAGGCUUACAAAAAGCGAUGCCAGGACCCUCGGCUAUUAUUCCCCUUUCAAUCACCUUCAGAAACAAGGAGAUGCAGUCGGUCAUGCUUUCCGGAAGACUAAAACCAGCGCAUUUGUUACUGUUGAUGGCAGGGUAAUGUAUGACAACUGCUCCCCCCAAUGAGAAGGCAAGUAGCCAGCUGCACGCUGUUACUGCUGGUUUUUUUUUUUUUUUUCCUUUCCCCUCCUUGGAAAGAAAUUC